CCGCACUUUUACGAAUUGCGCAAGCACCCUCUCCUUCAUCACCACAACUCAAGUGAAAGAGCAGUCAAGAUGUUGAUUCCCAAGGCCGACCGCAAAAAGAUCCACGAGUACCUCUUCCGCGAGGGUGUGCUCGUUGCGAAGAAGGACUUCAACCAGCCCAAGCACAACGAGAUUGACACCAAGAACCUCUACGUGGUCAAGGCUUGCCAAUCCCUCACCUCCCGCGGCUACCUCAAGACCCAAUUCAGCUGGCAAUGGUACUACUACACCCUCACGCCUGAGGGCCUCGACUACCUCCGCGAAUGGCUCCACCUUCCCGCCGAGAUCGUCCCCCAGACGCACGUCAAGCAGCAGCGUUCGCACGCUCCUCCCCGCGGCAUGGGCGGUGACGGAGACCGCGGUGAGCGCCGUGGCGGUGGCCGUGGUGGCCCGCGAGGCGACCGUGGCGAAUACAGGCGCCGUGAGGGCGGUGACAAGGAGGGCGGCAUGGGCGGCAGCGGAUUCAACCCUGAGUUCCGCGGUGGCUUCGGCCGUGGUCGUGGUGCUGCGCCACCUGCCGCAUCGUAGCGCGAUGGGGAUGGUGCCGCAGCCUGGGCCAAUGGCGACACUACUGCGACGCAGACGGAGGAGGUGGUGGGCGACUGGGCGGCGGGCGAGGGAGGACAGACUGGUGGAAGCUGGUAGUCCUCCAGCUCGUGCCUGGUAGGCUCAUGGUUCUUUAGAGUCAUUCACCGAAGCGACUUGGCUACAUGCCAAUGUGUAAGUUAGACAAACCAGGCCGCAGCUUUGAAAUUGACAUGUGCUCUCAUCACUGU